CCUCUAUCUCUGUCAGGUGAAUCUGCAAGCAUGGCUAUGACAUACCCUCUCUCCCAAACCCUUGACCACACGCCACCUAAUGUGUUAAAAAUCAGGUCAUCUUCAGAAAUUGAUGGAACAAAACCACAUAUCACUCAACUCCGAACCAAGAAGCGUUGCUUGAGGUGCAACACUCUUUAUCUUGACAAAGAUAAUUCCCCAAUUGCCUGCUCUUUCCAUGGCCACACCACAGGGGAGAAGGGCUUAUUUUCUUUGUCUCCUCCUCACCAAGGGAUUGACGGAGAGUGGAGCGACCGCUCUGGAGUGAUAGUGUAUAAAUGGAAUGACAAGAAUAAUAGACCAAAUACUGGAAGUGUCAAUUGGAAGAAAAGAUGGAGUUGCUGUGCUGAGUAUGAUGAAAAUGCCUCACCUUGUAGACGAGGGUGGCAUGUUUCAUAUGAUGAUGGCUUCACUUUGUAUUAGCCCAAAUUGGUUUGUAAGCAAAAUCCAGAAGCACAAGUAACAAUUGCAAAUCCUGAAGGAUAUCAAGAAUUGUGUUGUGUAUGUUUCUUUGUUUUUAUGUACCCAUAUGUAAAGCAUUUUGGAUGAAGUGGAAAUGCAAAUGCAAUCAUGUUUCAUAUGA